AUGGGCAACAGGACAGAUGUGACAGAGUUUAUCCUCCUGGGACUAACCAAUGCCCCUGAACUACAAGUCUUCCUCUUUAUCAUAUUCACUCUUAUUUACUUCACCAAUUUGGUUGGGAAUCUUGGACUGAUUGUGUUGAUCCUCUGGGACUCUCGUCUCCACACUCCCAUGUACUUUUUCCUUGGUCACCUGUCUCUGGUGGAUGUUUGCUACUCUUCAGCAGUCACUCCCACGGUUCUAGCUGGUCUCCUUAUGGGAAACAAAGUCAUCUCUUACAAUGCUUGUGCUGCUCAGAUGUUCUGUUUUGCAACCUUUGCCAGUGUGGAAAAUUUCCUCUUGGCGUUAAUGGCUUAUGACCGCUAUGUAGCGGUUUGUCAACCUUUACAUUAUACCACCAUCAUGACAAGAAGUGUAUGUGCUUGUCUGACCACAGUCUGCUACACUGGGGGUUUCCUGAAUGCCUCCAUCCACACUGGAGACACAUUCAGUCUCUCUUUCUGUAAGUCCAAUGUGGUCCACCACUUCUUCUGUGAUGUUCCAGCAGUCAUGGUUCUCUCUUGCUCUGAUAGACAUGCUAGUGAGAUGGUUCUUGUUUAUGCAGACAGCUUUGUUAUCUGUUCUGCUCUGUUUGUUAUCUUGAUAUCUUACACGUUCAUUUUUAUCACCAUCCUAAAGAUGCGCUCAGCUGCGGGGUACCAGAAGGCUCUAUCCACCUGUGUUUCUCACUUCACUGCAGUCUCCAUUUUCUUUGGGACGCUUAUAUUCAUGUAUUUGCAGCCCAGCUCCAGUCAUUCUAUGGACACAGACAAAAUAGUGUCUGUGUUUUAUACCAUGGUCAUCCCCAUGCUGAACCCUGUUGUCUACAGCUUGAGGAACAAGGAAGUGAAGCGUGCCUUCAAAAAGGUUGUUAUGAAGGCAAAACUGUCUAUUGGUUUGUGA